GGAAGCGGCCCUGCCCAUAUCGGCGGGGCGAACGAGCCAUGUCAGAGUUCCAGAUUUCGGUGGAAGAGCUCAACGACCUGCUGGCCAACGGCAGCGGCUGUUACAGCCUGCCCAGCGCGCACAGCAACGAAGUGGCGCCCCGCAUCCACGUGGGCAACGCGUUCAUAGCCAAAAAUAUCAUGCGUUUACAACGCCUGGGCAUCACCCAUGUUCUCAAUGCUGCGGAAGGCAAGUCUUUCAUGCAUGUGAAUACAAAUGCUGACUUCUAUGAAGGAACUAGUAUCGUCUACCAUGGCAUCAAGGCCAAUGACACCCAGGAGUUCAACCUCAGCCAUUACUUUGAAGAAGCUGCUGAUUUCAUUGAUAAGGCAUUAGCACAGAAAGAUGGUAGAGUGUUUGUCCACUGCCGUGAAGGCUACAGCCGCUCACCCACCCUCGUCAUCGCUUACCUCAUGCUUCGGCAGAACAUGGAUGUCAAAAGUGCCGUCAGCGCCGUCCGGCAGAAACGGGAAAUUGGCCCCAACGAUGGCUUCUUGAAGCAGCUGUGCCAGCUGAAUGAGAAGCUGAUGAUGGAGGGCAAACUGAAGAAACCAUAGCCACUGCUUAGCCUGUGGCCUCUCUGCACUUCUUGCCAAACACUGUUAAUUGCUUUGGGUUGAGGGCACUGGCUGCCAGGCUGCACAAGCGAGGCAGGAGACAGUCUCAAGUUGCUUUCAUAAAGACCCGGUGGGGUGGUUUCGAGUAGUACCAGAAAACUACUGCAGGAUUGUGGCACCCUUGGUGUGGACCCCCACCUUGUCCAGCCAGGCACCAGCUCACUUAUCUUUUAUUUUGGAAUUUGUUAAGUAUAGUUUAUAUGUCUGUGUGUGUGUGUGCAAGAGAGAGAGGAAGAAAGUUGUGAAGGGCUUGGUUUCAAAACAUUUUGUAUCAUGACUAUAACUCUCAUAAAUUUCACAGGAUAUGAUUUUGCUCUUGU